AUCACGUUCGCAUUCAGGAACCAGCCGCUCAAGCUCAUCUACCUCCUUGUCGCCGUGCCAGUGCUGCUCUUCAUCCGCCUGCCCUAUCGGCUCAUCGUAGCUUCCAUCCCCGCCCUCAGGCCCAGGAGGUCAUGGAACAUGGUGAAGACUCUGACCCGCUAUUUCUCCAAAACCAGAACUCGAAUGUUCUACGACGUUGGCUUUAACGCACCAGAGGGCAACCCGAUCAAGGAUUCGCGCGACCCAGGCGCCACAGGCUUCGUUUGGGUCGACGCCGUCCCGUCUCAGUUGGUGACCGGCGAGAUCGCUGACCUUGCGCACCGCAACGGUGUCGAGCCCGUUGAUGUCUACGGCUACUGGCAUGGUGCUCGUAACGAGUCUGGAAAGCAUGGUCAGCGCGCCACAAAGGGCGAACGCGUGCUCUACUUCUUAGGGGGUAUAGUGCCGACGCUCACAACCUUCCAGAUGGGCUCGCCGCAUCCCUCCAGUAUGACGGCAAAUGUCAUCCGCGGCUUCUUGGAGAAAUGUCCCAAGGUCGCAGAGCGCGCAUUCGGCGUUGCCUACCGCCUUGCCUCCUCAGCCCCCUACCCGUCCGCGAACCCGUUCCUAGCGGCGGUCAUUGAUGUCAUCUCGGGCUACCACUACCUUGUCGAGACCCUCGGCUUUGAGCCUAGCAACAUCGUCGUGUGGGGUGACUCUUCUGGGGCCCAUCUCGCCAUUAACCUUGUGCGGUACCUCGCCAGCGCCAGCAUCCCUUCGCUUCAUCCACCUGGUGCAGUCAUCAUGAUAUCGCCCACGUUGGACUGGGCCAACACGCACCUCAACACACCAGCAUCGACUUACCACACGAACAAGAACUCGGACUUCGUUACCCCCAUCCUACUCAGCGGGUACACUCUCGCCAGCAUUCGAGGUUCGCUGUCCGAGCACGAGUUCGAGACGAACACGUGGAUGUCGCCGGCGUCACUGGAGCUGGAGCACACAGAUGGCUUGUUCUCGAACUGCCCGCCGACAUACAUCUUUGCAGGCGAGGCAGAGCUGACGGUGUGUGUGAUGCGCACCCUCCGCGACCGGUUGAUUCGCGACAACGGGAAGGACAAAGUGCAUUACGUCGAGCACCAGGAUAUGUUCCACGGCUGGCUCGUGGUGCCUUGGAUGGAGCCAGAGAGGUCCCAGGCGUAUGCCGACAUUAAUGCAUGGCUGACUGGGAUCUGGGACUUAUAA